AUGGCAAAUGAAUUUCUUGAUAAAGUGGAAGACAAUGCCAGUGUCCGUAUAUGGUCAGAGAAAGGGCAAUUGGAGAAAGGAGACAGUUUAGCUAAGGGAUAUGUGUCAGAGCUAUGGGACUACAUUCGUAUUAGUGUGACGCAGAAUAACCUUCAAGAGUUAAGAGAGAUAUGGGAUCGGUGGAACGAUGAGACCAAACAGUUGUUCUACUCUAAUUAUGGGGACUUGCCGUACCUAUUUGACAUCAACGUAGAUGAACAUUGGUUUCGAGCCUUUACUCAAUAUUGGAACCCUGCAUAUAGCUGUUUUACUUUUGGGAAUGUAGAUUUGGUGCCUACAGUGGAGGAAUAUACAGCUUUACUGUAUUGCCCAAGGCUUCAGGUUGAUAAAGCGUAUUCCAGAGCCGCAUAUGUCCCAGCAUUCUGGAAGAAAUUAUUGAAUAUUACGGGAAUGAGUGAGAAAUGGAUCACGGCCAGGAUCAAGCAGAAGGGUGAGUGUAAAUGUAUCCCAUGCAGGAAUUUGCGAGAUUUGAUUCUAGCACAUCCAGAUAUGAAAAAGAAAGUGGAUAUGUUUGCUUUGAGUAUUUACGGGUUGGUGAUCUUCCCUAGAGCACUGGGGCAAGUUGAUGAGGCAGUUGCAGAUCUUUUUGAUCUACUGGAUAAAGGGGUUACGCUUGUUCCUGGGAUUUUGGCUGAAACGUUUAGAUCUUUGAACGCAUGCAGGCGAGCUAGCGAGGGCAGAUUUAUAGGUUGUGCGCAGUUGUUACUAGCCUGGCUUCAUAGUCAGUUCUGGAAGGUCGACAAGAUUUUGUACCGGGUUUUCUCUGAACAUUACUCUCCGUUAAAAGAGAUAGUGGCUACGCCACGAAGGGACGACAUAUCGGAAGAAAAUUGGACUAAAAUUCUCCAAAAUCUUCAAGAGGAAGAUGUUGAGUGGAGAGCUCCUUGGCUGAUUCCUAGCAGAAUUCUGUAUAGAUGCGGGAGCUUUGAUUGGGUUCCUUUGCUUGGAAUUUGGGGAGCCGUUGGAUAUGCACCUUUGCUUCUACUGAGACAAUAUGGUUCAAGAUAG